AUGAACUGUGCAGAUUUAUUAGCGAAAUUCGAUGACUUGGUGAAACGAUUUAGGAACGAAUUCAACGAUAUAAUUGAAGGAGAGCGAGCCAAAAUGAAGGCGGAACUCGACGCUUACAACGCAGAGAAACAAAGAAUGAAAGUCAUCGUAGUCACUGACAACGAUAUCAUACACCUCAACGUUAGUGGUCACAAAUUAACGACCAAACGAUCUACUCUUUGUCAAGUAGAAAAUUCGCUGCUUGCCUCAAUGUUCAGUGGACGUUGGGAAGACAGUCUCGAGCGCGAUCAAGAUGGCGCCGUAUUUUUCGAUUUCAAUCCCCAGUAUUUUGUUAUUAUUUUGGAUUAUUUGCGCGCGAAGAAAGUUGCCACAACAGAGAAUCCCGCGCCAUUGCCGAUUGUUCCCGAAGAUGACGCAAAAAAUUUUAAUAAUCUUCUGGAAUACCUUGGUUUAAGCGAUGAAAUCGUCCCCGCUGAAAUAGUGCCUAGCGAGAAAUUCAAUCGACAUAGCUCUGGAGUUACUCUUGAGGAAGGAGGAAAAAUUGCAGUUAAUGGUCCAAAUGGAGGACAUAGCUAUGUUCUGGGUGGAAAUAUUUACCAACAACGCAUUGUGCGUCUUAAGAUGAAGUUGGAGUCUUUUCAAAAUAAUGAUUGGAUGUUUGUUGGCGUAACGAAAGGGGAUGUUGUACCACCGAAUAACCUUUCAUAUAAGUGGCCUGGUUCAUAUGGAUGGGGGCUCGGGAGGGAUGGUCAAGUAUGGAAAGAUGGAUCACGUACGAAUGAUCAUGCUUUAAAAAAUGUCACUAAACAAAAUGACACGGUUGAGCUAGUCUUGGAUUGCGAUGCUGCCAAGCUGUCACUACAUUUGCCCACUGGUCAACGAUUUCACAUCGAAAUACCCAAGCCACAGUCCUGGAGACUGAAUGUAAACUUCGCGUACAGAAACGACAAAAUACACAUUAUCGAUGAGUAAUAAAGUUAAAAACUUCGGCGCUCUCCAUAUUAGGUUCAGAUUUGACUUCCACUAACGCUACCAUUAUGUACUAUUAACCAAUCACAUGCAUUUGAUAUAUCAAUCAGAUGCAUACUAUUAAGCCAGUGUGAGGUAGUGAAAGUCAAAUCUGAAUCUCUCUAAUAACACUGUCAGACUGGUUAGAUCCAUCAAAUUGUUAAAUGGAAUACAAAACUUUCGGUUCUGAGAUAUUCAUCUGGCGUUAGGCAGAGUAAAAUACUAAUGUAGGGCGUAUUUUGGCGCAUUGCAGCUUUGAUGGGUUAUAAGAGAGAGAAAUUAUGUCCAGCAUGGCUGGUCUGACCAUUUCAAAUGAAAAGCGCGUGCUGUGUAGUCUUUUUUGUAAAUAUAUCCAGUGCUUGCGAUAUGAUUAUGAACUUUAGCUAAAUUGACGACUUUAUGUAAAUUUGUAUGCGGCAUAUAGCAGAGUACGCACAGUGCCGCCCAGAGGGGGGGGGCAAAGGGGGCAAUUUGCCCCGGGCCCCGAGUUGCUGGGGGCCCCUGAAAAAUUUUUGUAGGGGCCCCGCUUUUUUUGUGUGUUAAAUAUUUCCGCGCAAAGGACAAGAUAUCUGUUUUCUUGGGCUAAGUACCGAAUUUUGGCCUAAAAAAAUGAGGUAAAGUCACUCGAAAGCGUUUGCAACGUAC